AUGACGGGACUGGUCCUUCGCAACGAGGAGUUUGAGGAUGGCAACACGGGCGGCAGCGGCAGUGGCGGCGUGCGAUGCCUGCACGAAGUUGCGUACCCCAAGGGCUGGAAGCUUCCUACCAGCAAGGAAGCUGCUCGGAAACCGCUGCCAGAGAAGCCCGCCAAGGAGUACCCGUUUAAGCUGGACCCGUUUCAGGAAGAGGCCGUGCGGUGCUUGGAAGCCAACGAAUCCGUGCUGGUAUCAGCACACACGUCUGCUGGAAAAACAGUGGUGGCAGAAUACGCCAUAGCCAUGGCAAUGCGGGACAACCAGCGAGUCGUGUACACGUCGCCCAUCAAGGCGCUGAGCAACCAGAAGUUCCGCGAGAUGAGUCAGGAGUUUGGGGACGUGGGGCUCAUGACUGGCGACGUCACCAUCGCCCCCAACGCUACCUGCCUGGUAAUGACAACCGAAAUUCUCCGCAGCAUGCUGUAUCGAGGAUCCGAUUUCGUGCGGGAGGUGGGGUGGAUAAUAUUCGACGAGGUGCAUUACCUGAGGGACAAGGAGCGAGGGGUGGUGUGGGAGGAGAGUAUCGUCAUGGCUCCCAAAUCGUCACGCUUCGUCUUCCUCUCGGCCACUGUGCCCAACGCAAGGGAAUUCGCAGAGUGGGUGGCUAAGGUGCACCAGCAGCCGUGCCACAUCGUGUACACGGACUACCGCCCCACGCCCCUGCAGCACUACAUCUUCCUGGCAGGCGCCAUGGGGCUCUUUAUAUGA